AUGAGUUUUGUCUGUGAGGUCCACGUGGACAUUGCAGACUCAGUGGCUUUUGAGGAUGUGGCUGUGGACUUUACUCAGGAAGAGUGGUCAUUGUUGGAUCUUUCUCAGAGGCAACUCUACAGAGAUGUGAUGAUGGAAAUCUUCAGGAGCCUGGCCUCAGUAGCUUCUCAAAACCUUAUUGAUGGAGACAAGCUAUCCACUGAAAAUAUAAUCGUGCAAUUCGUGAAAAAUGACACCUGGUCCUCAAUGGUAGGAGACGUCCGCGAAUUGCAUGGCACUGAAGAUCAGGAUAACAACCAGAAAACACAUGUGAGCGUGCUGCCUAUUUUUAACAGAAUCCGUAUGUUAGAGAACCUUUGUGAAAGUAAUGAAGACAAUCAUUGUGGACAGACCUUCAGCCAGAUUCCAAAUCUUUCUGUGCUAAAAAUAACUCCUGUGGAUGCAUAUCCUUCUGAAUGCCUUGAGUGUGGAAAAUCCUUGAUGAAUCAUUCAUCACUUAAUCAUCAUAUCAGAUCUCAUUCUGGAUGCAGUGCCUAUCAGUGUAAGCAAUGUGGAGGAGCCUGCAGUUGUCCCUCUUACCUCAGCACUGCUGUGAGAACUCUUACUGGAGAGAAAUCCUAUGAAUGUAAAGAAUGCGGGAAAGCCUUUCGUCGUUCCUCAAAGCUCACUAUACACAUGAGAAUUCACAGUGGAGAGAGACCUUAUGUAUGUAAGGAAUGUGGGAAAGCCUUUAGCCAGUCCUCAAACCUCACUGCACAUAUAAGAACUCAUAGUGGAGACAGGCCUUAUGUAUGUAAGAAAUGUGGGAAAGCCUUUAAUCACUCCUCUGACCUCACUUCACAUAUGAGAAUUCACAGUGGAGAGAGGCUUUAUGAAUGUAAGGAGUGUGGGAAAGCCUUUAGUCGUUCGUCAAACCUAACUAGACAUAUAAGAAUUCACAGUGGAGUGAGACCUUAUGAAUGUAAGGAAUGUGGCAAAACCUUUGUUCAGUCCUCAAACUUCACUGCGCAUAUGAGAAUUCACUAUGGAGAGAGACGUUACGAAUGUAAGGAAUGUGGCAAAGCCUUUAGUUGGUCCUCAAAACUCACUGCACAUAUGAGAACUCACUGUGGAGAGAGAGCUUAUGAAUGUAUGGAAUGUGGCAAAGCCUUUUGUCACUCCUCAGACCUCACUAUACAUACUAGAAUUCACAGUGGUGAGAGGCCUUAUGAAUGUAAGGAAUGUGGCAAAGCCUUUAGUCAGUCCUCACACCUCACUUCACAUAUAAGAACUCACAAUGGUGAGAGGCCUUAUGAAUGUAAGGAAUGUGGCAAAGCCUUUAGUCACUCCUCAGACCUCACUAAACAUGUAAGAACUCACAGUGGAGAGAAGCCUUAUAAAUGUAAGGAAUGUGGCAAAGCCUUUAGUGUUUCCUCAGCCCUUACAGCACAUGUAAGAACUCACAGUGGUGAGAGGCCUUAUCAAUGUAAGGAAUGUGGCAAAGCCUUUAAUUGGUCCUCCUACCUCACUGCACAUGUAAGAACUCACAGUGGAGAGAGGCCUUAUGAAUGUAAGGAAUGUGGCAAAGCCUUUCGUUAUUCCUCAAACCUCACUCUCAUCACCCAUCUCCCUCUUACUUCUCUGCCCUUCCUGGGGUAG